UAUAGCUAGCAGUAGAAGCGGAUGAACAUUUUUUCGACCAAAUCAUCUUGGUUCCACGUCUUAUUGCUGGCUCAGUGUAUCGCCAUCAUGGUGUGGUUUGGACAACUAUGACAAUAUUUGAUUGUAUAGUAACUUGGCGUCUAAUCGUAAGUUCAUACUGAUCAAUUAUGAUCGUAAUAUUUUUUGAGGAUGUUUAAAUAAAUUAUCUGGAAAAAGCUUGUUGACCUGGGCGCUAAUGUUAGCAAAUUGGCUAGCUAAGAAAAGGGUCUGAAAGCGGAAGUGGGGACGUUUCCGUGUACCGGCUGACAAGGUUCAUUGAUUGGUGGAAACCGCAAGUGAUGGAUGGAGACAUGGAUUCAGCAGGGCCGGAGAGGAUUCUGCUGGAACCCUACAAGUACCUGCUACAGCUGCCAGGAAAACAAGUACGGACUAAACUCUCUCAGGCGUUUAACCACUGGCUCAAUGUUCCCGAGGACAAACUUCAGGUGAUCAUAGAAGUGACUGAGAUGCUCCACAACGCCAGUCUCCUGAUCGAUGACAUCGAGGACAGUUCUACACUGAGGAGAGGUUUCCCUGUAGCCCACAGCAUCUACGGGGUCCCCUCUGUUAUCAACUCUGCCAACUACGUCUACUUCCUGGGACUGGAGAAGGUGCUAACCCUGGAUCACCCCGAGGCGGUGCAUCUGUUCACCAGACAGCUGUUGGAGCUGCACCGCGGCCAGGGCCUAGACAUCCACUGGAGGGACACCUACACCUGUCCCACAGAGAGCCAGUACCGUACCAUGGUUCUCCAGAAGACGGGGGGCCUGUUUGGCCUGGCCGUGGGGCUCAUGCAGCUGUUCUCUGGCUGGAAACAAGACCUUAAGCCUCUCCUGGAUACGUUAGGACUCUUCUUCCAGAUCAGAGACGACUACGCCAACCUCAAUUCAACAGAGUACAGCGAGAACAAGUCCUUCUGUGAGGAUCUGACCGAGGGGAAAUUCUCCUUCCCCACCAUCCACGCCAUCUGGUCCCGUCCCGAGAGCACUCAGGUCCAGAACAUCCUGAGACAGCGGACGGAGAACGUGGACAUUAAGAGGUACUGUGUGGACUACCUGGAGAAGGUGGGCUCCUUCGCCUACACCAGAGAGACCCUGAGAGGGCUGGAGGCCGAGGCAUACCGCCUUAUCACAGACCUGGGGGGAAACCCUGAGCUGGAGGGAUUAGUGAAACACCUCAGUAAGAUGUUUAGGGAGCCUGAGACAAAAGCUGGCCCUAAAGAGGACUGACCGCAUCUACCAAACAGUUACACAACUGUCAAACAUGAGUCAGGGGUCAGGGGUCAGGGGGCCGCAGUCGAGCCACACAGAACACUGACAUCAUGCUCACCACCACACUGUCACACGGCUGGAUUAUACAGAGUCCCCCUGAGCAUGAUAACUAUACCACACUGUCACACGGCUGGAUUAUACAGAGUCCCCCUGAGCAUGAUAACUAUACCACACUGUCACACGGCUGGAUUAUACAGAGUCCCCCUGAGCAUGAUAACUAUACCAAGCCAAGAACUCACAGCUUCGCAAACCUCGUGUUUCUAGUACUCUAGACAAAUGUCAAACACACCACGUAUACAGCGUUAUAAAUAUGGAGAAGAGGAGGUAUGGUCAUCACAUGGUCUUGUCAGAAGAACGCUGUCUCUACAAAAAAACUUUACAAAUGUAAGCGUUACUUGGCAGCUUACAAAAGUUUCUUAUUUUAUUUUUAUUUUAUUUCAAUACUAAAUGGAAAUGAGUUCCCGGCUUUAGUGUUUUAGUGAAUGCCAAGUGUCAAUGAGGUGUAGAAGAAAAUACGAGGCCAGAUUUCUGAGGACGACCAGAGUUCGAUGUGUAUUAGAGGAAUGAAUAGUCUGUUUGUACCAAUGUGUUUGGUUAUUGUCUGCUACCUUCACCUAAAGUCAAAGUGCAUCUCUGGUUCAACGCCUCAGUGUCUCCAGAUGUUUCACCUGCAACACAGCAUGUUCUCGGCGUUAUUACGUUUGUUUACGUUGAGACUGUACACUGCAUAUGACUUAUAUGUAACACACAUGAAUUCAUUGAAUAAAACCUUUUUUUGACAAAUGG